AGUUGAGGCUGGGACUAUCCCAACGUUUAAAAACAAUGACCCGCACCGGCUCCAAUCAGACCGUGCCAUUGACGGAGAGAUUUCUCCUCGCCUGCAGCGAGACGGUCCCGGAUGGGCCGAGUUCCCCCCGACGCUGGCUCAGUUUCACAGUAACAGGACCCGCCUGUGACGUGGAAUUAAGGGGUUAACUUGAUCACCACUACCGCCGCGUCAAGAGAUCAGGCACCAAAGCUAACCAGACCCUAACCAGUAACCAGUGAAACUAUCAAUGCUUGUGGCAGGCGGGGAUCCCACAAGUCUCCUUAGUAACAGCGAAAUUGUGGCAUCACAAUCAGGACACAUUUAUAUCUGCUGGGAUUACUAUGCCUGAGUGGUCACACCCGGGAUUGCUUUUUUUAUAAUGUUCAAUUUUAGAAAUAAUUUAGGAAGCCCAGAAACGUUGGUUAGGUUCCGUGGAACUGGAUAAAUUGAGGAAUGUGAUCGCUGAGACUCGCUGGAAGGUGGAUGCAAAGCGAUGGAUAAACUGCUCCUGUCUAAAGGAUACCAGCUGGGGGAAACUAUCGGAGAGGGCACAUACUCCAAGGUGAAGGAGGCGUACAGCAGGAAUCUGCAGCGCAAGGUGGCCAUCAAAAUCAUCGACAGACGCACAGCGCCGAAGGAUUUCAUCCACAAAUUCCUGCCGCGGGAGCUGCAGAUCGUGCAGGUUUUGGACCACCAGAACAUCGUGAAGGUACACGAGGUGUGGGAAUCUGAGGACGGCCGUAUCGGGAUGGUGAUGGAGCUGGCAGAGGGCGGCGAUAUCUUGGAGCACAUCCGUAGGGAGGGGCCGCUGUCCGAGCUGCUGGCGCGGCCGCUUUUCCGCCAGUUAGUGAACGCUAUCCGCUAUUGCCACGACCGCGGCAUCGCGCACCGCGACCUCAAGUGCGAGAACACUCUGCUGGACAAAAGCUUCAACGUCAAGCUAGCCGACUUCGGCUUCGCCACGCACUUUGGCGGUGGCGCGGCCGAGCUGAGCCAGACCUUCUGCGGGAGCACGGCGUAUGCGGCACCCGAGGUUCUACAAGGAGUGCCGCACCAGAGCUCCAAGAGCGACGUGUGGAGUUUGGGCAUCGUGUUGUACAUCGUGCUGUGCGGCCACUUGCCCUUCGACGACUCCAACAUCCCCAAGAUGCUGUGGUUGCAACAGAACGGUGUCGCCUUCCCGCAGCAGCGCCAGCUCAGCCGCGAGGUCCGUGACCUGGUCGGUCGCUUGUUGGAGCCAGACUGCUCUCUCAGGCCCCUCAUCUCCCACGUCUGCUCGCACCCCUGGCUGGCGGAGCCGCAAUAAAAUGCUCUUACACUG